AUGUCUCGCGAAGGUUUCCAAAUCCCUACCAAUCUUGAUGCCGCUGCUGCCGGUACCGCAGCGGCAAGAACGGCUACUUUGAAAUAUAUCUGUGCUGAAUGUUCAGCCAAGCUUUCUCUUUCGCGUACGGAUCCAGUGCGAUGCAAGGAAUGUGGCCAUCGGAUCCUGCUCAAGGCCCGCACGAAACGGAUGGUUCAAUUUGAAGCGCGUUGA